CCGAUUAAAGAACUCGAGAAAUUGAGCCGACUAACCGUGGAUCCUCAGAUCAUGUCGCUGCUCAGCGUAACGGUGAAGAAGGCGCGGUUCGUCUGCGAGGAUGCGGAGCAGUUCAACUCCUACGUAACGUUGAAGUUACAAAAUGUAAAGUCAACGACAGUCACUGUGAAAGGGGCCAAUCCAUGCUGGGAACAAGAUUUCCUCUUCGAAACGAAUGACAUGAAUGCUGGGCUCGUGGUGGAAGUAUGGUGCAAGGGAUUCUUGUGGGACCGUUUUCUGGGCUACUACUAUAUCCCACUGUCAGAGGUGUCCUACAUGAACGAGGUAACGAGAAAUCAGUGCAACUUAAAUCAUACAGAGGUACAGCAAUUUGAACGACACACAUCGUUUGAUAUGCGUGACACCAACAGCAACACACAGCCAGACAUCAUCACUGACACGGAGACUACAGGACAGUGGGUCAAUUUGGGUCUGGAGCUGGAGCAGAGGGGCAAUGAUAUCAUCGGUACGAAGAAACCGACAGGCCAUUCGCUUCUAAUUGACUGCCGACUAGAGCUGCCGUACGGAAACGGGAUAUAUGGUACUCUCGAGAAAAUAUCGAGGGAUUUUCGAGCAAAUGAAAGGGACUACGAACUUACGCUCUUGCGAAAGAAUCUUUGGUAUCUAAGUAAACUUAGGAUGACAGAUCGACUGAAGACGUCAAAUUAUCGAGACUCGCGAUUAACUGUUUCCCCAUCGAUAUCUAUCUUUUCGAAAGACCCCGAGAACACGGAUGCGGCCGAUCUGCAGAGGAAGCUGGAAAUGCUGAACAACAUGAUGGACCAGGAGGCGCGGGCCGAACAGGCACGAAGGCAGAUAUUAUACAAUAUAGGCCACUCGGGAUACUCGGAGGAUUCUGACUACACGUCGGACUUGAAUUAUCCAGUAGCUGGACAGGGCGCGAACAGCUCGGCCUCACAGUUUCGUACAGCGGCUAACCAAUUGGCUACACCUCAAAGAUCCCUCGAGACGUCGAGAGAAAAUAGUUACGAGAGAGACGAUCAUCAGGUUCCAGUCACCGUCGCAGGAAGGCUGGCGCCUGGUAAUUACGGAAGUUACGGAAGUUCGGGCCACAGUCCGAGAUACGACGAGCCGUAUCCGGAGGACGGUCUACCGCAGAGAUACUUGCAGACUCAGCAGCACCCUUCAGAGUCUUCCGAGCCACUCUUUUACAACAGUAGACCGAAGCACUACAAGGAAUACAGCCAAGACGGCUGGUACAGCGAGGGUUAUGAUUAUCACGGAACGAAGGUCGACGACGCGAGAAUUUAUAGCGACACUGAAUACUACUCAAACAACACGACAUCUACUACAAAAAGACGGGGAGCGAAAGCAAUUCCACACAGAAGACCGUCUCUGGAAAGACAAAUGACUUUAUAUGACGAUCAUUCGUAUUACGCUGAUGGAUAUAGCAGCGACGGUAGAGUGGGUAAAAUGAGCGCUAUGUAUCCGGAAUGCGAGACGGAUAUUAGGUAUAACGAAUACUACGAUAACAUAACGGGAUACGUCUAUCAAGAUGAGAGAUAUGGUCAGGACGACGAGGACAGACAAUGGGACAGUGGAGGGAAACGGUACUUGGGAACAAGUACGUACUAUGAAAAUAAGCGAAACAGAAAGACGCUUCCACAGAGGCCAGCUUCAAGCAUUGGUAUACAUCGGCCAGAUUACAGACCCACUGUUACCAGACAGCGUAGCUACGAAUCAGAAGAACUCGACUACAACGGAUACAAUACUCGUCGCCGGAAGAUCUUGCAGCCGCAACAGCGUCCGAUAUCGCGGCAGGAGGGUGGCACCGGUAAGAAACUACCUCCGACCCCGACCAAGCCGAGCAACGUGGUAAUCAACCGUAAGCUCGCCUCUUUGCCCGCUACGCCGAGCAGACAACUGCCAAAGACCAGAACGCCCUCCGAAGAAAGCUAUUACAAGUCUGAUUACAACGAGGACUAUAAUUACGCUUACCGUAGUCAGGAUAAUCUUCCGCAGGACACGUAUACGGAGAACAUUUACAGUCAGCAGCAGAGCGACCAGGUGGACCAAGUGCACGCCGCUAACAAGACUCAUUAUCCCGAAAUAAACCACGGUAAUCAGUACGGAUACGUUGACGGUCAAUACGACCAAUCGUAUCCGAACCAGCAGAUACAGAACAGCUACGGGCAGACUACAUAUGCGCAACAGAAUUCAUACAAGGACGAGUAUCAGCAACCUUACGCGCAGCAGAACGCUGAAACCUAUCAUGAUGAAUCCUAUCUAGACACGACAUAUCCGAUCGCCAGCCAGGCAAAUGAUCACCAGUACACGAAUCAGACUAAAAAUCAAUACGACAAGCCUGACGGUAUGAUAAUCGAGGACAAUUAUCACGAGAUGGGCUUCGAUCAGAACAACAUUCAGUAUCAGCAGGACUAUAAACAGCAGGACUACAAACAGCAGGACUAUAAACAGCAGGAUUACAAACAGCAGGACGUUUAUCAAGAGCAAUAUGACGAUUAUAAUGUCACUACCGUUCCGUCGACCGUUUACGAUCAGAAUAACGUCACGAAUACAUACAAUCAGUAUCAGCCGGAACAGUACGAUUCCCAAUAUAAUAUCAAUACGUCGACUGAUUAUCAAAAAACUUAUCAAGAGACGUACAAUCAAGUGCCUGUUACAUCGCAGGAUAAUUAUCAGGAAUCUUAUACGAAGCAACCGCAGGAAGAUUUUAUAAAUUAUCAAACGCCAUAUAGUAAACAGGAAGAUGUGCCUACAACGUACAAGAAUAAUUAUCAGGAACCUUAUCAGGAAAAUUAUCAAGAGAUGUACGACGAGUAUCAAGAUUCUUAUCAGGGAUCCUUCGAGGAGCAGGGUUAUAAAGAGAGCCCAACAACGGCGACGGACAGAAGACAGAGCGAAGUGCCCGAGCUCUCCGUGACUACGCCUCGUGGUCAGACAAGGACAAAUGGUUAUCCGUCAAGCGAGUCAGAAUAUAUUUAUCAAGAGAACGAGGACGCGUCAUUAAGCACUUCGAGAAGGAAGAAGCUUGGCAAUAAGCGCGAAGCCAGCCCGCUUCUUCAGCAAAAUACGGAUUCGCUCGAGUCCAGAGACGACGAACUAAAAGAUUCGUUUGAAACUGUCGUGAGUUCCGUCAGCAGCAAUCAGUUGAAGAAGGGAUACAGCGAAUACUCGACAGCUGGUGAUUCAAGUCCCGCAGCUGUCACUUUGGUGGAUUCCUUGCCGAAUGUCGCUCAAUCUCAGACGACUACGAUGGUCAAUCACGUGACUGCCAAUCACGUAACCACCACCGCAAUGGUUCAUACUACUACAAAUAUCGUGAAUGGCAAACGACCGUUAGCCAGGACAGAUUCCUAUCAGGAGGACAUUGUCGAGGAUGAGGAAUACCCGGAGAUUAUACCCAAAGAGCCACAGAGAAAGGACUCGCAGCUGUCGCAUCAGAGUCAGCUCAGUCAACACUCUCAGUCGACGCAGAAGCCGAAACUCACUAGAGGAGACUCUUAUGCCUCGGAUAAUUUUCCCGAGGAAUCUUACAGUCGUAGAGAUUCGUAUUCACAACUGUCCAGGAAAGAUUCUUUCUCAUCGACCACUGAGGGAUUCAAGCCACCUCUCACCAGGACCGAUUCAUACCAGCAGAGAGAAUUACGAGGAAGCAAUUAUGGACAGAACUUUACUGCUCUACAGCCAAUUUCCAGAGCCGAAAGUUAUCAACGCGGUCAUUUCAAGGAUCAAGAAUCGAUCGAUCAGAGCGAUAUUGUUCUGAGCAACGCGAUAGACGGGGAUUAUCAGAUGCGGGACGAGACUCUUGAGAGGUACGAACGAGGCGAGGAAGCCUUGCUUCGUAACUCUCGAGAGGACUCAUUGGUCGAACAAUAUAAAGGAACCCCGUCUUUGUCGCAUAUUGAAAGUCCGCGCGGGAGCAUAACUAAGCAGGCAUCACUGGACGAAAGCGUUCAGAUGGACACACCACCGAGAAGUCCGCCGGAGCCGCCAGCCGACGAGGAGCUACUAGAGAUGGUCGGUGCUGCGCCCGUACCCACGCAGCUGAAAGAACGUCCGGAAAUGACGGCGAGACAACGCUGGCAUUGGGCGUACAAUCAGAUCAUCAUGCAGCUAAACGUACGUAAGGUUUACUCUCUUUAA